AUGUUGAAGAAACUGCUGGUCGAUGUUCACACUCACGUAUACCUUCCGCGCUACGCAGAAUUGCUCAGGUCGCGGUCUGCUGUGCCUCGUAUCAUACCGGCGCCGGCGGCAAGCACGGACAGCAAGCCUUCCGAACGGUUACUGAUACUGGAUCACGAGCCGAGUGGGGGACGUCCAGUUGGCCCCCAGUAUUGGAGUCGUGAUGAGAAGCUCGGCUUCAUGGACAAACAUGGAAUCGACGUAUCCAUCGUAAGCUCGGCCAAUCCAUGGCUUGACUUCCUCCCCGCUCCAGACGCGUCGGAUAUCGCCAUAAAGUUGAACGACGACCUUGAAGAAUACUGCUCUUCGUCUCCUAUUAUCAGCGACCAACGUAUUAAACGUUUAUACGGUUUCGGGAUGCUGCCAUUAGUCCCAGGAAUCACUACGAGUGCGCUGCUCGAUUCUGUGCGGCAAAUAUCUCUAUUACCCCAUUUGAAGGGGUUAAUUAUGGGGACGAGGGGGGUGGGCAAAGGUCUAGACGACGAAGCACUGGACCCCGUCUGGGAGGCCAUCGAAAAGGAGAAGCUUGUGGUGUUCUUGCAUCCACAUUACGGCGUUGAUAACGACGCGUGGGGCGAGAAGGAAAACGGACACGUGCUUCCUCUCGCCUUGGGCUUCCCAUUUGAAACAACAGUCGCAACCACACGGUUAAUUUUGGCUGGAGUGCUGGACAAAUUCCCCGAUCUUCGUCUCCUCCUCGCACAUUCAGGCGGCGCCCUUACCCAGUUAUCUUCGCGGUUGGCCUCAUGUAUACACCACGAUCCCCUCGUUGCUUCACGCCUCAAGCAUGAUGCUAGAUAUUACAUCGGCCGACUAUACUACGACGCGGUUUCCUACGGCUCGGAAGAAUUGCAAUUCGUUGCUGAUACGAUCGGCCGGAGCCAACGUAUGAUGUUUGGUACUGACCAUCCUUUCUUCCCUCCAUUGAACGGAGAAAUCAAAUGGCGCAGCGUUGUGGAAAACCUUGAAGCCAUCCAGGGAGUUUCUGGAUGGUCUCAAGAACAAAAGGACGGCGUAGAAGGUGGCAACGCUCUGAAAUUGUUUAAUUUAGUCCAAUAA